AAAAAUCUGCAUCAAUUGUGAAUUGUGAUAUCUGGUUUUAAAAUAUGUUCGAACACUAGGUAUUCACUAUCGCGCAUCACUACCUAAUACGUCAAAUUUCGUUAAAAAAAGAAUUGAUAAUGCGACCGUUUUAAGAAUCUUUAUUUUGUUGAACUUGCCCAGUUGAAAAAACUACUGUCUAAUUAAGCAGUACUAAACCAGCCGGGCGGCUUAGAUGAACAUGAGCGCUCUGCGUGUCCAACAAAAAUAGAUUUUCAAACAUUUUUACGUAUCGCGACGUGUUAUCACAGCAAACGAACUUCACCAAACUGUUUUAAGACUUAUAAUAUUACGUUUUUCUUUCAAAAAAUUUAAAUUUGUGACGUAAAAACACUGUAAUGUUUAAAUCUUUGUUCGGCUCCUUGUUAACUCAAGCCAGCUGUCAAGAGGUGGGGGGCUGGUUAUUUGAAACGGGCUGAUUCAGAGAAGCUACAUGAGAUCUUCUUGAAGUACGCCACCGUUGAGAAGAACGGUGAGAAGCAUAUCACAAGCGAAGAUUUUGUAAGAAAAUAUCUAGGAUUAUUCUCCGAAGAUGAUUUCAACAAAGAAUCGGUCCAGCUCAUCGCUGGAAUCGUCGACAUGGACAAGGACGGUUACAUAUCGUUCUCCGAGUUCCAGGCGUUUGAAGGUCUGCUGUGCGUGCCGGACGCUCUGUACAAAACCGCCUUUCAACUAUUCGAUACGAAUGGAAAUGGACUUGUUGCUUUUGACGAAUUCGCCGAGGUUAUGCGAAAAACGGCCCUCCACAAGAAGCUUCCCUUCAACAUGGAGAGCACGUUCGUUCGCCUGUACUUCGGCAAGGAUAAGAAGCGGCUCGUAACAUACCCUGAGUUCAGUCAGUUCUUGCACGACUUCCACGAAGAAUACGGAGUCGAAGCGUUCAAGAAAUGCGACAAGGAAGGCACCGGAUUCAUCACAGCCGGCGACUUCAGAAAUAUCAUGAUGUCGGUGAAGAGCCAUCUUCUCACAAAGGAUUUGAAAAGCAAAGUCAUCACUGCCUCUGGUUUUCCGCAAGGCGAGCGAAAGAUCAGUUUCCCUUACUACAUGGCCUUCAAUUCAUUAUUAAACAACAUGGAGCUAAUCAAGAGGGUGUACCUCAACGCCACGAACCGCACCGGACACCGCACGCAGGAGGUCACCAAAGAGGAGUUUCUGCACUCUGCCCAGAUGAUGAGUCAAAUCACGCCCCUAGAAGUGGACAUAUUGUUCAACUUGUGCGACAUUCUGCACCAUACAAAUGGUCGCAUUGUGUACAACGAUUUGAACUCCAUAACGCCAGAGCAAUACUUCAAGCAGGUUACACGAAGAGUAGCAGAAAUUAAAGCUGUUUCCGAGGAGGUAAAUAUGUGUAGGAAACCGUACCGUUUUGUAAACUGUAUGGAAUUAAUGAGCCCGGAGGAGAGAGGUGUGCUAAUACAAAUCCUAGAGAGCACGUACAGAUUCACGCUAGGUUCCGUAGCCGGGGCCGUGGGAGCCUCGGCGGUAUACCCGAUAGAUCUAGUCAAGACCCGGAUGCAAAACCAGCGCACCGGCUCGUUCAUCGGCGAAGUGGCGUACCGGAACUCGUGGGACUGCUUCAAGAAGGUGAUCCGGCACGAGGGCGUGUUCGGCCUGUACCGGGGCCUCGUGCCGCAGCUCAUCGGUGUCGCCCCGGAGAAAGCCAUCAAGCUAACGGUCAACGAUUUAGUUCGCGAUAAAUUCAUGGACAAAAAAGGAAACCUAUCAUUGUACGCUGAGAUCAUCGCCGGCGCAUGUGCGGGCGGUUCUCAAGUGGUGUUCACGAAUCCCCUGGAAAUUGUCAAAAUUCGUCUUCAAGUCGCCGGCGAGAUAGCCGGGGGGACCAAAGUGAAGGCCUGGUCCGUCGUCAAGGACCUCGGGCUCUUCGGACUGUACAAGGGGGCGAAGGCCUGCCUCCUCCGCGACGUGCCCUUCAGCGCCAUAUACUUCCCGGCCUAUGCUCAUGUUAAGGCUAAGUUCGCGGACGAGAACGGCUACAACCACCCCCUGACGCUGCUGGCGGCGGGCGCCAUCGCCGGCAUCCCCGCCGCCUCGCUGGUCACCCCCGCUGACGUCAUCAAAACCAGAUUACAGGUGGUGGCGCGGUCCGGACAGACAACUUACAACGGAGUUAUAGACGCGACCAGGAAGAUAUACGCAGAGGAAGGCGCCAGAGCUUUCUGGAAGGGCGCUAUCGCUCGCGUGUUCCGCUCGUCGCCGCAGUUCGGCGUCACGCUGGUCACGUAUGAAAUAUUACAGCGACUCUUCUACGUCGACUUCGGAGGGUCUCGUCCAACGGGCUCGGAGCUCCACGUGGCGACCCCCAUCGAGGAAUCGAUAAAGAAGCCGCACCACAUCGGCGGCUACCAAGUGGCCCUACCGGUACUGACAGGACUCGAAACCAAAUUCGGAAUCUCCCUGCCGAGGUUCUCGUAUCCGAAACCAGCGCAGCAAUGAGUGAGCACUAGCCGAAUAAUCGAUUAGAAACAUUCAUAUAUAUUUUUUUCUAAAUAUCGAUUCUGAUAAUCGAUUAGGUAUGACAAAACUAUAAUACUAUAUCGAUUAUGAAAAUCGAUUCUGAUAAUCGGUUAGGUUUAACAAAACUAUAACGCUAUAUCGAUUGUGGAAUCAGAAACGUGUCAGUGAGAAUGUUGUUCGAUUAUAAUAUCGACUAUUGUGUAAUUGAAAUUGUAUAUCAUUGUAAUAGUGAAGUUCGUCAUCCUCGUAUCGAUAUUGGGAUGUUCAAUUGAGAUUCGGUGUUUACUUUCAGAUUUGUAUAUUGUUAACGGUUUAAUCAGUUUUAAGAGUGACCAAACUGUAUUUAAAAAAAACUUGCUUUGAUAACACGCUCGCGUACGAUAAAAUGUUUAUCGAUAUCGAUAAAUUUUAACGGAAUUUGGCCAAAUGUGAUGUUGAAAAUAUAUAAUCAUAUUUACAAAUGCCUAGCUUACCUGCGAUAUCGAUUUUUGUAUAAACGAUUCGAUAAGACGAUAUUGCACUUCGAUAGUAAGGUAGAUAGAUAGAAAUAAAAUAACAAAAAAAAAACAAUAGUGUAAUAUAAUCGAGUAAAAAAAAUCGACAUUUUGAAUAUUUAGAUAGAAUAAAAAAAAACGAGUCAUGGCCAGUCAAACUGCCCUCGAGAUUAUUAUUCAUGUUCUUUGAAGACAUUUUAAUGAUUUAUUGAAUUUUUUUUUUUUUUUAAUAUUAUUACAUUUAGAAAUCCUUUAUUUUAGGUUUUAAGAGCAAAGUUCCGUGUAUUAAUGUGCCGCUAUUGAGUUUGAGCUAUUAUUUGAGUUGAGAAUUCUAUACGAAUUAAUUAAUUAAUGUAAGGCCUAUUGAUUUUUUUUUUUCAUAAUUACUGACAGAUUAUGUUAAUAAAAGAUGGUGCAUAUAAAACCUAUUUAAAGGGAAGCCGGUGGCAAAAUUAAACAAAGAAUUCCCAACGAAAUAUAUAUUAAAAAAUACCGUCAGAUGUGUUAACACAUUUUGCUAAAUUACCGUUUUAGUUUUGAUUUAUAAUACCUUUAAAGCUCUCAACUAUAGUAAUCAAUAUUAAAAUAACUUUUCAUCAAAAAUCAAUCAUGCCUUUAAAAAUAAUAUUUCUAGUAUUUUUAAUAAUCUUCAUCAAUCACGCACGAGCUAGUGCUUAAUCCCACAAAGUAAUUUAUCAAGAAUAUCUUACAUAUACGAAAAUUGCCAAUAUAAUUGCUAAUCUCUCGAUCGAGGGCCAUGUAUAGUUUUGGAAAUGUUGAUUGUCUUUUAUAUCUGUAGAUAGGAAGGAAAAUAUAGAAAAAUAUAACAUAAGUCAACAACUGAACGGUGGUUCUGGAAUCGGGUGGUCUAAUCACAGAUAUUAAUUAAAAAUGGUAUCACCAAUACUUUUAAAAUAAAAAAUUUAUAAUUAAAAUGAAAAAAUAAAAUAAAAUAUUAGUAAAAAUUUUCUUUUCAUAAAAUGCCCCAAAGUUGAACAAGUAACUUUGAAUGGUUAAGUUAAAUAAAAUAACUUUAAAUUAAUACUAAAGCUGGGAUCGCACGCCAUAUUUGUGAUUAGCUAGCAAGCGAAAUAUUAGUUAUAUAUACUUUUUUAUAAUAUGUAAAGUUUCACACACUGGCAAGAUGAAACUUGGUGAAACAAAAAAAAAAGCUAUGAAUAAGUAAUUUAUCACUGUUAUUCUUAUAAAAUCGAUGACAUUUUAAGCUUCUUAUAUUAGCUCGUAAACGAAAAUGAUUUUUUUUUUAAAGCACUGCAUCUCCGCCCUUUUAACAGGCCGAUAUAAUCGUAUCAAAGUGAACCAAUAAAGUAAAUUAAAACUUUUUGAAGAAAAUGUACGCUGCGUAACAACGAUGUAUGACAACGUUGUGAAAUAUAAUUAUUAACUAUGAAAGUGAUAGUGAACCGAUGUGACUAUUUAUUGAUAUUUUUGUGUUAUAAAUAAAAUCGAACAAAAUA